AUGCUUCUUUUUCCCCCAUCUUCUAUCCAAGAACCACUUCGCGAUAGCACUAAUCGCAAAUACCUUGAUCAUUCAAACGAAAGCUGGCCAUCAACUUCCAAGAAAUCUUGUUACCCUACAGACCUAGGCAUCGCGGAAGUCGGCUCGUCCGACAUAUCGAUAUACAAUGCAUCAAGAGCGCCCUCGUGCGUACCAGAUAUUGCUUCGGACUCUACUCGUCAUCCUUCCUCCAACCACUCCACUGCUGUCGAUCAUGAGACGCAGCCCCUUCAUAUACGAGCAAAGAGUGAGGGAAAUGUUCAACAUGACAUGGUCCGGUUCGUGAAUCGCCCGCAUGGUACACCACUCUUCACCAUCGCCGAGCAGAAAUCACUUGCCACGCUCCGAACGCAGAUGUCCUUCGCUUCCUUCAGGCGGAGAGGACCCACUUCUCUCGUCACGGCCUCUGGGAAGCCCAAGGCUGCUAGCGUCGAUGACACAGUACUAUACACGAGUCGACGUGGACUAUCUCAAAACACUCAGACGUCUUCAAGUCUAGAUGUACUCAGCCUCAGGAGUGAUCCAGUGCAUCCUUGGCAACCACCAUUUGUGCCGCCUCGUUGUGUGAAGACACCUGAAGGCGUACCGCACUGGCCUCCCAAAGCCCGAGUCUCUUUCGUACGAACAAUGACAAGGACCCUGAGCUCCGCAACUUCAUUGUCCCCACUGGAGGGCACGCGGUUCGUCUUGAGAGCUUUACGUGGAGAGAUUCGAUCACGCAGCAGGCCUCAACCGCCAAGUUGGCGUCCACCUGUUAGUGGUCAUUCAACUCAUCAUUACGAUCAACCUUCUCAACAUCCACUCAACAGUGCACGCUUUGCGGAAGUGAUACAACCGGAACAUGUUGGACAAGAUGAUACACAAGCUCCGCCAAUACCAGAACCCACUCCGGCCGAGAGACAAUCUUUGGAUAGACGGUGUCGACCAAAGUCAGGCAGCGCUUCUCUAGCUCAACGAGCUCUCGGAGCCAUUGACGGCAACUCCAUUCCAAUCAACCCUGCUCGAGCGAUCAGGGCUCGUUCGGUGUCGGUUCCUCAAAACUUGGGGUUGUUUGCAGUAUCAACUGCAAGACCACCCAUCCAGAACACAGAGCAGACAGCCCAAGGCACAAGAGCACAUCCUUCUGAUACUUUGCGCACCGUCGACAUGAUCGAAAGCUUCCCUUCACCGCCAUCUGCACCACCAACCAGGCCGAGGCGGGGUUUGCCAUUCUUUGCGCCGACACCGCCGAGAGCUCCUCGUGCUCAUUUCUUGGGCGACAGAGACACCAUGACAACUCAUUCUGCAACAGCUGAGACAUCAGGCUCAAAAAAAGGGGGAACGUCACCAAUUCGGGGUGAGCAGGACAGAUACACCUUCUCCAGUAUGCCGAUAUAUCGUGACGAUGCGGCAUCGUUACACAGUCAUGAUCGCUUGCGGUACCGUCAAAUGUCCGAAAUGGACUUGGAAGAGCCAAGUCAGACCUUGCAAGGCACCUGCAAUGUGGCUCCAGAGCAGCACCUUGUUGAGGAAGGGCCUGAUGAUGGGACGCCAGAGGUUCCAACAUGUCUUCCGCAGAACACCAGCCCUAUCUCGAGCACAAGGGAUGACAAUCAGAAUGAAGGUUCCCCUUCAAGCAUCAUUCCUGGGACCGCUAGAGGGAAGACUUGGAGAGCCAGAUGGCAAGUAUUGCGCUCAAGCAUGAAGCAGAGAAGGAAUGGAGCUGAAGACGCAAGCUGUCGGAUUGCCAAACCCAUUGCUCGGGGUGUGCAGUGGAUUGGCCAGGGUUGUUUGUGUCGGGACAAGGAUGAGGACGAAUCAGGCGAUGAAAUCAGCCGACAAAGCAUUCGACUUGUCCAAGUCUGA